CGCACGCCAUGAGUUGACAGACGAUAAAUGUGCACGUCUCAGUCGCUACUUGUACUCAAUCGCUUCACCCAGAAUCUCCGGGCCAAUGUCAGCUGACUUUUGGGCUGGCUACCUUAGCGGUGCUCUCAGUAUUCUGAUAGGCAAUCCAUUGGACAUCAUCAAAGUACGUUUGCAAGCCAACGAUGCAACGGCCAGAUUACCCCUCCAACACGGAACUUCUUCAUUCACCACAGGGACUGCUGGCCCUCUACUGGGCUAUGGUGCGCUGAAUGCUCUACUUUUUGUUUCUUACAAUCGGUCGGAAGCUGCCAUCAAUGAUUACAUGGGAACCAAAAACAGCCUAUCCGCCACAUGGGUUGCUGGCGCCAUUGGCGGGCUAGCUACGUGGGUUGUCAGCGCGCCGACAGAGUUCGUAAAGUGCAGAGCCCAAGCCGCCCCCACGUCCCUGUCGAGUUUCGACAUUGCAAAAUCCGUGGUGAAAGAAAAGGGCGUGAAAGGUCUAUACACGGGCGGAACCGUGACGGCGCUCCGGGAUAGCAUUGGCUAUGGUUUCUACUUCUGGACAUAUCAGCUCAUGUCAAGCAUGUGGCCUGCUGCACAAGACGGACCAACCUCCAGCGCCCUCUCUGAUGCACCCAAAGUUCUCCUCUCGGGCGGCAUUGCGGGCAUGGCUACUUGGGCGAGCGUGUUUCCACUGGAUGUUAUCAAAACUCGUGUGCAAAUACAGGACUUGGAAACUACUCCUCUGCUCGGCAACCAAGGGGCGGAGCAGAAGAAACCUCGGGGUGCCUGGCAGCUGACUGUUGAGGCCUACCGUCACCAUGGCUGGAAGGUCUUCUUUCGAGGAUUUGGCGUUUGCUGUGCGCGGGCCUUCGUCGUCAACGCUGCUCAGUGGGCAGUGUACGAAGCAGUGAUGCGGGAGUUGCAACCAGCCAGAUCCCCAUAAUCGCUUUCAAAGAUGACGGCACGAAAGCAGCGGCGUUGGCCUUGAAGUCCUCGCGAAUCUCGCUGAUCGACAUGUGAAGCUUGCAGCUACGGAUCCUCAAGCUUUCCAAGCGCGAAGUUGAACCUGGCAAAGCAGUUGUUAGUGUUCGCAG